UCAUUACAGCCCGCCGCUCCGAGAGACACCAUCUAACCUCACCGCCUGUCCCGGGGCCACGGCGGGGCGUCUCAGAGGACAUCUGACCCAGACCCUCCGGGAGCUCCCUCCGCCCUUGACUGCCCGCCGCCGGCCUUUCCUCACCUCGGCCUGCGCUCCCCGCCCGCUGCCAGCCAGGCUUUCAGCAGCUGGGGUAGGACUCAUCCCAACCUUUGGGCACCGGGGUGUGGGGAAAGGGUGGGGAGCAAAAAACAAAUGGGGGCCAGACAGUCCAGCGCCGGUUCCAAGGACAAGGGCCCCAGGAGGACGGGGUGCCUGCGGAGGAGGCAGAAGCUGUCGGCGUGGGAUGAUGCCUUGCUCUCGGGGAGGGACCCCCGGGCCCUGCUGAAGCGGGGCAUGCGCCACAUUAGCUUCAGCCUGGUCACCAAGGGGAUGACAGACGUCCCCGACUUCCUGUGGGGCCUGUCGGAGGUGCAGAAGCUCAACCUGUCUCACAACCAGCUGCGGGUGCUGCCCCCCGACGUGGGCAGGCUGAGCAGGCUGGUGGUGCUGAACCUGUGCGGGAACCACCUGAAGAGCCUGCCCCCGGAGCUCAGCCUCCUGCAGGGCCUGCGGGUGCUGUUCCUCAACAUGAACCGCCUGAGCGAGCUGCCGGCCGAGCUGGGCGCCUGCCGGAGCUUGGAGGUCCUGAGCCUGUCCCACAAUCGCCUCUCCCAGCUGCCCGCCGGCCUCGCUGACCUCUCCCGGCUCAGGAAGCUGAACCUCAGCAACAACUGCUUCGUGCACAUCCCCGUCUGUGUGUUCGCCCUGAGGGAGCUGGAUUUCCUGCACGUGGGCUCCAACCGCCUGGAGAACAUCGCCGAGAGCAUCCAGUGCCUGGGCAGCCUGCAGAUCUUCAUCGCCGAGAAUAACAGCAUCCACUCCUUCCCGCGCUCGCUCUGCCUCCUCGCCGGCCUGGAGGUGCUGAACCUGAACAACAACGACAUCCAGACCCUCCCGGAGGAGCUCUACCUGCUGGGCAGGCUGGUGAGGAUCGCCUGGAACCCCAUGGACAAGGGGCUGCACAUUUCCCAUAACCCGUUAGCGAGGCCUCUGCCGGAGCUGGUGGAGGGGGGCCUGGAGAUGCUGGUCAGCUACCUGAAGGACAAAAAGCACAACUGAGAGCCUGUGGAGGGAGGCAAGAACAGCAGCCAGCUCCCCCAGUUGCUGCCCAGUGGGUACUUCUCUAGCCUGAGCUUUCUCCUCUUACUGUUCGGUUGGUCAAGGUGUGUGUUAAUAUUUGCUAAUUUGUAGUUGAAUGGCAUCCUAGGCAGGGAUUUCUAGGCAGGGGUUUGGUGUGAACUCUGUAUGUUCCUAAUAACCCCCAUAAUAUGUUCCCAAUAACCCCCAUAAUCUGGUCGUAGCAUACAUGGAAACAGGACUUUGGUGUUCUCCAAAGAGAAAUAAUUGCUUGAAUUUUCCUGAGGAGCAAUGGGAUUCGACCCUGGGAACAAUGGUCAGCAGGUCUGAUUCAAUGGGAUUCAGAAGUUAAAUAUUUACUAAGUACGUGCCAAGUAUAGUAUGAGGCAUUGGCAACAUCUGGUGUCAACCCUGGAAUUGGCAACCUGAGGCCAGGUGGCAACAGCAAGACACGGUCCUGCACCAGCCUGGACCAAGCCUUACUUGGGACCAAAGGGCAAGCUGGAGCCCUGCCCUUCUGGCGAUGACCAAGUUAGACAGAGCUUUCCCCCCAAGUUUGGGGGCAACGUGGGGCAGGGGAGGGAUAAUUGGAGGAAACUUGUCUCUAACAUGACUGUAGAGUAACAAUCAAGCUGCUCAUGUUUACGUGUGGUGCUGAGUGACUGGCUCAUGAUGGCUUUUAGAUAAUAAAAACAACUCGAUUUUAACCUGCAGUUUCAACCUUCUUUCCCAAUCCUCUUGACCAUAGUCAUGCCCUGAGCUUUUCUAUAGAUGCCAGCCAAUGCUUGUCAUCCUUUCUAACUUCCCUUCUCCUUCCUUACUGGGUCUGCCCUCUCAGAGAUGAGCUAAUAAUUGAG